GCUAGCCAGGACGGGGUGCCGGGAGCAGGGAGCCGGCCGGACGCGCGGACAGGUGUCAACUGCAGGACACUCACUCAGCCCAGUCAUCGUGAGCCACAGAAGCUACUCGGACACCUGUGUGCAUUUAGCAGGACAAAGCUAUUCUCAGGCGAUCGUCAGCCGAGUUGAUGCAGUAUGAGAUUGUGUCAAGGUGUCCUUGAGUGAGGGUAGCAGGGAGUGAAAGAGGAGAAGAAAAGAAAAUUAAGAAAGGUGUAUGAGUUUUGGACUUUUUCCACACCCAGGAUCAGAAUGCUGCUCCUCUGUCAUGCCCUCACUGUAGCUGUGGUCCAGACCUUUAUCUUCUCAGAAAACCGGGCAUUUGCCAGGAACAUCAACUUCUAUAACGUGCGGCCUCCUCUUGACCCGACACCAUUUCCAAACAGCUUCAAGUGUUUUACCUGUGAAAAUGCAGGGGAUAAUUAUAACUGCAAUCGAUGGGCAGAAGACAAAUGGUGCCCACAAAAUACACAGUACUGUUUGACAGUACAUCACUUUACCAGUCAUGGAAGGAGUACAUCCAUCACCAAAAAGUGUGCCUCCACAAGUGAAUGUCAUUUUGUUGGCUGCCACCACAGCCAAGAUUCUGAACACACGGAGUGUAGGUCUUGCUGUGAAGGGAUGAUCUGCAAUGUUGAGUUACCCACCAACCACACUAAUGCGGUCUUUGCUGUGAUGCAUGCUCAGAGGACGUCUGGCAGCCGUGCCCCUGCGCUCCACCUACCAGUGCUGUCCUGGGCCUUCAUGCUGCUGUUGAUGUGAUACCACCAUUCCUGCGCGAGGCAGAGACCAGCCCUCUAAAUCACAAGCCAACACCUGUGUAAACAGUGAACUUUGGAGUGAAGACCCGUCUUGCACUUGGUGAAGAAUGCUCAUCGGACCCCAAAGCAGAAGCCAGUUGUUGCUUAGCUGAAAUGCUCCUGCACGAGGCCACUGAGGGAUUAUGUGGAUUUUAUAUUUCUUGAUCAAAGGGGCUGCAUUUGGUCACUUCUGCAAGGAGAGUCUUGCCAGCAUCUACUACGGGCAGGUUCGGUAGCCUGUAUUGUCCCCACCUGACCAGGCCUGGAGCAGAAAGGACUCCUUGAAUGAUCAACUCCUUCAGGGGCUGCUGGAUCAGACCCUCUCUUUUCUGUGAUUAGCUCAGAGCAUCUCUAUGACAUAUAACCCUUCCCCAAUAAGAAAGCAAUUUCCCCGCCAACGGUGUAGACAACGAGAAGGGCAACUACAAGAAGAAACUUCCAGUGAAACUAAUAUGAAACCCAUUGGCUAU